AUGUCUCUGCCCACUACUACCCCGACUGCUUCCCCCGCCAUGAUCACGGCUAAUACCGCCAUGACCCCCAAGGCUCCACUCCGCCUUGGCACGACGGAACAAUUUGCCAUUGGCAUUGUGAGUGGAGGACUGUCAGCCAUUGGUUUGACAUCGUACCGAUGGGUGUUGUGUUUGGUGGUGCUACCCGCUCUGCUGUUGGAAGUGUACGAAUGGUUCCAAUGGACGUUCCAUGGCGCAGGCGAGUGUGUUAGCAACCUCAAUCUCAAUAAUGAGUUGCAACAAAAGAAGAGACUCCGUCAACAAUACUUUGGCCAAGGUGUCAUUUCUGGCACCGGAGUUUCCGCUAUCAUUGCUGACAUUAUCACUCAAGCACCCGCCAUGGCGGUCUUUCAUGUCGUUUUUUACUUGACCAUUUCCUUGGGAUGGACCGUCUUGUGGCAAGUCCACUUGAUGCAAGCCGCGGCCAUGAUUGCUUCACAACCGCAACAGCAGCAACAACUCAAGAAACUGGACAGUAUGGUAUAA